ACGUACCUUCAAGUCAUCAUGAAAACUAUUAUAUUACUGUUCAUAUGUGCCAUCUUAGCAAGUAUAGAAUGCCGACCCCAACCGCAGUUUGGUUUAUUCACCAAAACAGUGCCGCAAGUAUUAAAAUAUAACUUCCAGAAUUUCCUCAGGGGAUUUUCGUUUAGCGUAGACACUAGUGACAAAUUCCAUCAUGAAGCUAAAGGGGAACUGAGGUCGGAAACUGGCAGAGAAGAAGACGAAGGAAUCGAGGUUCAAGGAUCUUACAGUUAUAUCGGAGAUGAUGGGAAAGAAUACAGAGUAGAUUAUACUGCCGGAAAGGAUGGUUUUAGGCCGGCUGGUGCACAUUUGCCACCCUCGGCUGGCGUGAAAAAAUUGGGAGUUGGAGAUGCUGCAUGCGCCUCCCUUACCAGUUGCGGAUUGGGUUGAAAUUAUAU